CGUCCCGCCCCACCCCACCCCCUUCCUGGCUGGGUGGUUGCGCCCGGGCGAGGCCGGGCUGGCAGGGGCAGGUACCCGCUGAAGAUGGCGUUUCCCGGGCAGCCGGUGCCCGGCGGCGGUUUCUACCAGGGCGGGUAUGGAGGAGCUCCAGGAGGGCCAGCAUUCCCUGGACAAGCUCAGGAUCCUUUGUAUGGUUAUUUUGCUGCAGUAGCAGGGCAGGAUGGACAAAUAGAUGCUGAUGAGCUACAGAGAUGUCUCACCCAGUCAGGGAUUGCAGGAGCGUAUAAACCUUUCAACUUAGAGACUUGCAGACUCAUGAUCUCAAUGCUGGAUAGGGAUAUGUCUGGCACACUGGGAUUUAAUGAGUUUAAAGAACUCUGGGCUGUGGUCAAUGGCUGGAAGCAACAUUUUGUAAGUUUUGACAACGAUAGAAGUGGUACAGUGGAUCGUCAAGAACUAGAGAAAGCCUUGAUGAAUAUGGGAUUUAGACUGAGCCCACAGGCAGUGACUGCAAUCACAAGGCGGUACAGCACUCGUGGAAAGAUUACAUUUGACGAUUACAUUGCCUGCUGUGUGAAACUGAGAGCUCUCACUGAAUGUUUUAGAAGAAGGGAUACAUCUCAGCAAGGUUUUGUGAACUUCCAGUAUGAUGAUUUCAUACAGUGUGUUAUGAGCGUCUGAAUCAAAAGGAAGCAAGCUGUGGAUGAUCACAAUUAACAUUCCAGUUUGUGUUUUGCUUUGCCAAAUCUUCCAAUGAUUGUGUAUCUCAGUAUUGCAGAUUGCCUAUUUUAUGAAGGUAUUGCUUUACACACUUGCAUUUUUUUAGUUUUGACAAUGAAUAUAAACUACUCAUGUACUGUUGUCUUUAACUUCCAACCUGUGACGAUUAAAGAUGUUUUUAUUUUCAUAAACUUGCAAUUCACUAUGUAUAACUCAAAUUAUGCAGAUAGUAAGUUUUUCUGUAACGUGUUUACUUUUUUCCUGUGAUUCACUAAAACUAGUUCCUGGAGUGCAACUUACCUUUUUCUGUCUUAAAUAGUAUCAUGUGUAUGACACAAGAUGAUAGGAGUAAGACAGAUGUACAAAAUGAAAGAGCUUUUGGAAUGGUCAUUUUAUGCUGGUCUGUUAGAACAUCAGUAAGUUUAAGUUGCUUAUUUCAGCAGCUAGCUGUUUUCAAGAUGAAGUCGGUGACACCAUGCGCUGAGUGUAAGACUACCUGUUGGAACUUCUCAUAAGCAGGGAUGCGACAAAACAUAGCACAGAACUCUUCUAGCAGUGUGCUCUUGUACAGGGGGCUAUUGUUCCAGCAAGAUUCUUGCUCUGUUUGUGUCACUAUAUAAAACACUUUUAAACAUACAAAAAUGAUGCUGUGUCACUUUAUACAUUAACUUCCCCUUUAACAAUGAACUUCUAAGCUGCCAGACUUCAGUUACAUGUAAAUUAAUGUUUCUGUCUCCUCUACUUUAAACCCUAACAGGUAGCCUUCCUGCCUCUACAUGCCAACUAACACCGACUUUGAAAAGUUCUUGCCAGAUUACUAUUUCAGAUCACGGCAGUGAUUACCAGUGCUGUAGAAUUUACAUGAAAGCAGAUACAGAAAAGCAAGACUUUUUUGCCUGAGGUUUUUCAGGGAAAAAAUACGGGGUUUUUUUGUUUGGUGGGGUUUUUUGGUUGAUUUUUUUUUUCUUUUUUGAGGGGAAGAUUGACAUUGUGUGGGAAGAGAGAGCAGCACAACUGUAUGAAGACCUGAAACUGCUAAUGAAAGAAAACGUCAGGCAGUAAUGAAUGUAACAUUCUUGUAGAUAAGCAUAACUUAUUAAAUGAUCUGACACCCUGUGGAAGUUCCACACUCCUAUACAGGUAUGAAGUUAUAAAAUAAAUCAUGAGAAUUAUUGAUGAAAUAAUAUGUGGGAGUAAAAUUGUGCCUAUAAAGAAAAGCUUG